GCAAGGAGAAGAAUUGCCAACAUCGCAUUCCACCCCGAAACACACCAUGAAUAGAUCAAGUAGCUCGGCAGCUCGGCCUCUUUCGCUCACAGAGGAGCUUGAAAAAUUAGAGCAAUCAAUUACCCUGACGUUGCAAGAAAUCGACCACAACUUCAGUCGAGCACAUCGCAUUGUGACUACCAGUAUCCUCCCAAUUGUAGAGCAAUAUGCUGAACAUUCAAAUGCCGUGUGGGAAGGUUCGAAGUUUUGGAAGCAAUUCUUCGAAGCCAGCGCGAAUGUGUCUCUAUCAGGAGUAGAAGAACGAGAGGAAGAUGAAGAGGAUGUUUCUUAUACACAAUCUCACGAGAAUACGACCUAUGCGACAUCACAAGCAGGAGAUUCUACUGUGCAUGGCGAGCAGCAGUACAACCAGACCGAUGAUUCCCUCCUGGACGAUCCAGAUAUCAGUGGCAGCACCCCUCGAGCCAGACCAACUACUGCUUCCUCGGACAAGCCUAAAUUCGCAGAUUAUGGAUCCUCAUACGAAGCCUUGAAGCAGGAGUUGAAGGGUGGGGCGAAGGAAGAAGAGGAGGGAGACGAUACACAGAUUCAACCUACGACGCCGGGUGCUCAAUCUCGCAUUCCAGAUAUGUCAAUGACUCCCAUGUCUUCUCCGUUCGAUCCUACAUCGUAUCUUCAAACUACUGCCCAGCGAAAGCCAGGUCAAGAUCCUCUAUUGCACAGAGUGCUUGACAAGAAUUAUCGUAUUCAAGCUACACCCCAUACCACGCGAAAGGAAAACAAAACCCCUGCAAACAAACCUUCAUGGCGAGACACGGACUCGCCAAUGUCGUCUCCACCAGUUGCUGCACCAAAACUGCAUUCUGACAUUUUCAGCUCGCCCAUUCGACAGGAAUACAGCAGGCCAACAGCACCAAGAACACCCGGAGUAAGUGUACAGAACACUGACAAGGGGGAAACAAAAGAAAGUUUUGCGAAGUCUGUGAAGAAGGACAAGGAUGAGAUUACUUGGGAAAGUGACAGUGACGAGGAUGCCGAGGGAGUGUACAGGGAACUCGGGAUGAGUCCUCCCAAAACCAUACAAUUCAAUCUUCCGCAGUCGAGAUUGCUGCAAACUCCUGCUCGAGAAGCCAGCAAGCGAAUAGUCGAAGAUCUGCUUGCUACUGCAGGUGCAGGCUUCGAUGAUGAUGACUUAGACAGCCCAAGCGUGGUCAAGAUGAACGAGGACCUUGAUGAUAGUUUUUGAAGAAAUUAUUGCAUUAUGAUUCUGUCAAAUUGGUAGAAAGACACACAGUUUCCGCACCCAUCCUACAUUUUGCCUAUAUUUUCCGUCAAAACCAAAACCAAAGCCAGCAAUCUGUGUCCAAUCUUCUAUCCGGAGAUCCAACACCCGAACGCCUUGCAAU